AUGAAUAGAGAGGAACGAAAGUCUAAAUCAAGUUUAAAAUCAGCUAAAUGGUUAGCAGGAGGGUUGAAGGGCCCAGACACCAAAAUUAAGAAAGAAAAACCAGGUGUUUCAGUCACAUUUACAGAUGAAGAGAUGGAUAUGCUUAAACAGUACUAUAAAGAAGAUUCAGAUGAACACCAUGCAGAACGCGACAAACCCAUAUCUUAUAUGUCAUCUAAGGUACAAUUACAACUCAAAGAAAAAAGAAUCUCACAGAAAGCUGCUGCUCAAGCUAGAGCAGACUCAUCUGAUAGUCCAUACAAAACUACAGAAGCAAGUGGCUUCGAUGAUGAAGUUAUCAGCCCUAGAAAUGAUUUUGAUUAUGAUUCAAAUGAAUUCUUUGAUUUUGGUCAAAGAAGAUCGUUCGAUAAGAAUCAAAAAUCAAAGGCAGACGAAGAUCCGCUCAGUUUGCAGUCCUCAGCCCAAAUAAUGAAAGAACAAGCGUGGGCUCAUAUUCAUGAACAGAAUUCAGAAUCGAAUUACACAAAUUCAAAUAAUUUUAGAUCCACAUACUCAAAAGGAAUCGGAAGUUCUGAACCACAUAGAAAAAUUUCGGUCGGAAGAAAGAGAAUUUUGAAUAUUAUAGAACAAUCAGCCAAACCUGAAGAAAGAGGCAAGUUAUUUAAUGAUAAACCUGUUCAAGAGCUUAACACCAGCUAUACUGCUCAACAAUUCAGAAAUUAUUUGAUACAGCAAAACCUAGAUGUUCCAGCAGUUCUUGAUAACAUUCCUUAUUAG